AUGGACAUACCCAACCCGACCCGCCUCCGCCCCAAGAAAUCCACCACACCCUCCGAACGCUUCCUCGGCGCGUAUCCCCACGCGCUGCCCAAUAACCCUAGCCCCGCCACCUCCAUCGGCGACGAGCUCAACGAGGACGAUGUCUUCUGGAGCAACGACGUCGCCGCCGAACCCAGUCACCACUCAACUCCUUCUUCUACCUCCUCAACCCCGCGCCACCAUAGCCAUCACCACCACCACCAUCACCACCAUCACAAGGGCUUUUCUCAACCAGAGAGCUUCGGCAUCCUCGCCGCUCUCCCGGAACGAGAGCCCUCCAAUUCCAAUCACCGACCCCACUCCCAUUUCUACCACAAGUCCUCGGUCUCAUCCUCCGCGUCGUCCUCGCCCUCGCAGCUAAUCCCGGCGAUUCCGAAGCCGCCUCACGAUCGGUUUAACCACCCGCCUUUGUCCUCUGUGAAGUACCACCAGUCGGCGCCGUUGAACGUCCCCGUGUUGGCCAAUGCGAUGAGGAAGCACCGCGAAUUUGACGCCGUGGACGAUGACCAUGAUGACGACGAAGGAGAAGGCGAGAUGCUGCCGCCGCAUGAGAUUGUGGCCAGGAGCUCGUCCCACACGCCGAUGCUCGCGUGUUCAGUGCUGGAAGGCGUGGGGAGAACAUUGAAGGGCAGAGAUCUCAGGCGGGUUCGCAAUGCGGUGUGGCGGCAAACAGGUUUUCUUGAUUGA